AGCUGUCAGUCAGUGGUCAGGAAUAUUGCUUAGCUGCAGGGUAAUAAUCGUCUCCUUCAUUGGCCGUUAGCCCACUAUUUGCGAGCUACAUCUUUCAGGUUAUCACCAGGUUAUAUGUUGUACACCAUGUCGCUUAGAAGAGGUGCUGUCCGCCAGCGAAACACUGCGGAGCGAUGAUUCACGAUGUGAGGUGCCUUUGACAGGCAGGCUGAUUUGAUUCUGACAUUGCCAGCAAGACCACCGUCCUCUGUCACCCGGUAAUAUAAUGGACAUCCCUGGCUCCAGCCCCACGUAUGGCCAGGAGGGCUUGUGGGGCUGCUAUUACGGCUGGGUACCCCCAGCUACUCCACCGCAGCUCAAUUCGCCGGAAGGCUUCCCCAGCGCCUUCCCAACGCCCUAUCAGUGCCAAACGAACCCCUACCAGACUGGAGCCCCAGCACCCGCAAACCCUGCCCACCACCCCUCAGCCAUGGGUGGAUUUGCCAGGCCCACUGCUGAUACACCUUAUAAGCCCCAGUCCCCCUCAGACAAGGGCUCACAACCUGAAAGCAAAGCAGCCAGUCCCACUUCAGAAUCCCGCUAUGGCCUCGACCCCCAGCUGUUGCCCAGUGCCGUUCAGGUGAUGCAGGAGGACCAGCAGGAGUGGGAGGGGAAGACGUUUGGGGCCGUAGCUCCAUCCCCCCUCCCCCCUCUCUCCACCACAGAUUGCAUCAUAGAGGACAAAGGUAAUGCCAGUCCUCAGUUCCUGCGCUGCACGGCCUACAGUUUCCCCUGUGAGGCCCUGGCUGCCCAGCAGAGCCACCUGCCACUAGCCGCCAUCGUCACUCCACUGGCUCAACAACAAACAGCAGAGCGCCCGGUGGCCGUGUGUGCAGAGGGGGAGUGCCUGAGUGGCUGUGGGGAGUGCGGGGCCUUCAUGUGCCCCUCCAUGGACUGGCAGGACUGUGGCCAGAGGUUCCACUGCCCCUUCUGCGGCAAGUUCACCGAAGUGCCCUGGGCCCAGUACCAGCACACCACAGGCAGCCACGGCCGCAGAGUAGACACCGAGCGCAGACCGGAGCUCAGUUUGGGAUCCUACGAGAUACUGGAGCAGAAUAAGGAUGAAGCUGCCUGUCUCCUGCUGGCGGUGGAUGUGUCUGGUGCCGCCCUGAGAGCCGGACAGCUAGAGGCCAUAUGCCAACACCUGCAUUCACUCCUGGACACAGCGUAUAAGGCAGCAGGUUCGGAGCAGUGUGCGUUGCGUGUGGGCCUGCUGACAUAUGAUAGCAGAGUUCACCUGUAUAACCUGAGUGCCAACCUGUCCCGCCCCUCCAUGCUGGUCGUCAUGGAAACGGACGAUUUUGAACUUCCCCUGACCGACGGCCUUCUCAUACCCCUCGGCGAGUGCAAACACAUCAUCCAGAGUGUGUUGCAGCAGAUACCAUUGUUUAGUCCGGAGCCUCAGGAUUCAACCUGCAUACCUCAAGACACAGUCGUCUCCACCGGUCUCAAGAUUCUUCAGGAGGUGGGCUGUCCAGGGAAGCUGCUGGUCUUCCACUCGUCUCCCCUCACAGAGAACUCCAGCAGAUCCUCUUCCUCCUCUCCAGGAUUCUUCAGCUCCAACAAGCCAAAGUCACUUUUCCAGGCCUCAGAUUCUGCCGUCUCAUUGGCCAAGGCAUGCGUCAGUCAAGGCUGCAGUGUGCACCUCUUCCUAUUCGCCCAGCAAGACGUGGGUGGGGCUUGGCCAGGGGACAUUCCCCAUUUGACAGGUGGCGGCCUGUAUUCAUACAGCAGCCUGCAGUCAAGAUUAGAAAAGGAGAGGCUACAUGGCGACCUGGCCAAGAUAAUGGAGACAGACAUGGCAUACAAGGCUCAGCUCAGAGUCUUUACCAGCAAAGAGCUGAAUGUGUCCGGUAGCUAUGGCUCCUUCAUCCCCAGUGCUUGUCCAGGGCUGGUGGCCUUGGCUGCUCUGGACUGCCACACGGCCCUGGCCCUGGAGUUCACCCACAGCAAAGCCCUCAACGAAGCCAGAGGGGUGGCCAUACAGGUGGUUCUGUCCUACACCAGUGCGGGUGGGGAGAGGAGGACCAGGGUCCACAGCCUGAGCCUGCGAUGCUCUGCUUCCCUCCUGGACACCUUCCGCAACAGCCAGGCCGAGACGCUGCUCACCUUCUACUGCAAGAAAAUGUACUGUGCAGUGAUAGAGCGCCCCCUACAGUGCCUGCGUGAGGAACUGCAGGCUGAGGUAACGGAGCUGCUGGCCAGCUAUCGCAAGAUCGGCUGUACUACCCCGGUCAACUCAGGACAGCUGGUGCUGCCGGUGUUCCUGAAGGCCCUGCCGGUGUUUGUCAACAGCCUGCGUAAGAGCGAGGUGGUGCUGCCGGGGGUGCGCAGCUCAGUGCACCAGCGCCUGCUCCAGCGCAGCCGGGUCCUCAACAUGGACACCAGGAGCACCGUCACACACUUCUACCCACACCUGCUCGCUCUGUGUGUGGGCGAUGAGCGCCCCCGUGUGGGAGAGGUGUUGCGGUGCAGCGCGUCCAGCCUGGACCCCUGUGGCCUGUACCUGGCCAGCUGCCCCACGGCGCUGGUGCUCUGGGUGGGCCACGCCGUCUCCAGGCAGGCCCUGAUGGAGCUCUUUGGCAACUCCUGCUUCUCUGCCGUCACUACAGGCGAGAUACAGCUGUCUCCCCUGGAUACCCCACUGUCAGUCCACGUGAGGAGCCUCAUUCAUGCUCUACAGUCAAACUCAGCAUUCAGUGUCACGCUGAAGGUGGUGAAGCAGGGGGACAGCUGUGAGGAUGCCAUGCAGCGCCGCCUGGUGGAGGACAAGAGUCCUAACGGAGGAGCCUCCUACGCAGACUUCCUCUACCACCUCCACGUCCACUCCCUACGCCUGCUAGGCUGACAGUGACACCCGGGGUUGGGUUGCAGAGCGUACACAUCAAUACCUUCUAGUGUUAGUUGGUUCUUUUGGCUUUUGUGCCUCUACAGAGGAAGUCACAAUAAACCACGAAAAAGGUGACAGAACCAAGAUGGAGGAGGAAGGUGAGGUGUCAUUGAGAAGUGGACCUACCUACACAUGGUUCUUGACACCUUCUCCAUCCUGAUUUGUUUUCCUCCAUGGGUGGAGGGUUAACGAGACGAGACACACGGGCAGAUUGAACAACUGGAGGAGGGAUACUGAGAGCCAACCAAUCCUCCAUUCAACCUUUCCCAGUCAGGAAGCAGACUGUGGCUCGUCAUGAUGUGAAACUCUGGGGUGCUGUGCUGUAUUUUAUUGUAUGUGUCUGAGGCCAAAUGCAUGGUAACAUUGUCAGCUAAACAUGUCCGUCAGUCUGUCUGUGUCUAAAUGUCAUUGUUGUGAAGAACUACUAAGCAUAUGUAUGUCCAAAGUUUAUUGUUCUUAUUUUUUUAUUUUCCUAUUUAAAAAAUGUAUGCAUUAAUUUUCUGUUUUGUUACAUUGAAAUGACAUGUUAAUAAAUGCUCAGUUCCAGUCAAGCCAUACGUCCUCUGUUGGAGAUGUAUUCCAAACAGUGAUGGGCAAAAUGGGUUCAUUAGUUAAAAUCCAGUGCCACAUAUUCCAAAUGACCUGGUUUUACCUAUCCAAUUCAGUCAGGUGAUUGGUUGAUUGAACGAUCACCUGGUUGAAUUGGACAUGGAAUUGGACAGGUAAUACAAGGUUAUAUUUGUACCGGUAAUUCAUGGCACUGGAUUGUAACUAAUGAAUCCAUAUUUUGCAUCAUCACUCAUUACAAACUACCAGACAGAUGUGAACCUUUUUUCAUUACUGUGUAAAUGUUGAGACAGGCAUGCCACGGGCACCGCACAAAUGACGUCAUCCUCCCUUGUGCCCCAAAGGACACAGCCCAUA